UUUAAAAUUCAUGCUAUAAGUAUUGACAUGCAAUACAUAUUAUUAUUUUAGGAAUUGAAGCUAAAGUAUUAUAGAUUAAUGAUUGAACUUGAUCAGCAUGAAGGAUCUUAUCUUGCUAUAUGUAAACAUUAUCGAGCACUUUAUACUACACCCUGUAUCCAGGAAGAUGAUAAAAAGAAACAUGAAACAUUAAAAAAUGUUGUGCUGUAUUUAAUCUUGUCUCCUUAUGAUAAUGAACAAUCUGAUCUCAUUCAUAGAGUUAAAGAUGAUAAAAAUUUAGAAGAGGUGCCUCUUUAUAAGGGUCUAUUACAAUUAUUCAUAACAGCAGAACUAAUCAAUUGGCAAAAUCUUUGUGCCAAGUAUGAAAAAGAACUACGCAUUGGAAGUGCAGAUAAUCCUGCAACUGAAAUUUUUCUUUAUAAUGAAAGUGGCAAUAAACGAUGGGAUGAUCUAAAAAAUAGAGUUGUUGAACAUGUAAGUAAUCUAAAAAGUUCUUUUAUAUAUAUCAUUUGAAUAUAUUAUUUUAUA